CUGUUUAAUAAUUCAACUUGUGUGGGGGCAUUUAUUUAUAUAUCAAGUUGUGUGUAUAGAGAGAGAGGUCUCAAACAAAUAACAAUCAAUAAACACAAUUUUUCUUCUCACCUUUUAAUUUAUCAUGGACAGAUCUCAAGAACUCUAUGCCAAUGGUGACCAGAACUUAGAAGCAAACCUGAUAGAUGCAACUGAACCAUCAUCAUCAGAACCUCAAACCAAGAACUAUAAAAGAUGGAUCCGUCUCUCCAUCUAUGUCUUCUUUGUCCUCUUCUUCCAACCACUUGCUACAAUUCUCGGUAGACUGUACUACGAAAACGGUGGAGAGAGCACAUACGUGGUAACACUUCUCCCACUCAUUGGCUUCCCUGUUUUGAUCCUCUUCAACUUCUUUUCCCAACUCAGACAACAACCAAAAUCAGCAGAUACAAAUGUCAACCACUCCCCUUCCUUUACAACCCUUGCAUCAGUUUACCUGUGCACUGGACUUAUACUCUCUGCUUACGCUUAUCUCUAUGCAAUUGGGUUACUCUACCUACCUGUUUCCACCUUCUCCCUCAUCUUAGCCUCGCAGCUAGCCUUCACUGCCUUCUUCUCUUACUUCCUUAACUCGCAAAAGUUCACUCCCUUCAUAGUCAAUUCUCUGUUUCUCCUUACCGUCUCCUCUGCCCUCCUCGUGGUUGACACCGAGUCACAAGACACAACAAACGUCUCUAGAGUACAGUAUGUGUUAGGGUUCAUAUGCACACUUGGUGCUUCAGCUGGGAUUGGACUGCUGCUAUCUUUGAUACAGCUUCUCUUCAGGAAGGUUUUCAAGGAGCAUACAUCGUCAGUAGUCAUGGACUUGACUAUCUACCAGUCUCUAGUUGCGAGCUGCGUUGUUCUCAUUGGACUUUUCGCGAGCGGAGAGUGGAGAACUUUGCCUAGUGAGAUGAGAAACUACAAACUUGGGCAAGUGUCUUAUGUUGUGACUUUGGUCUCUGCAGCUAUCUCUUGGCAAGUCUACACUGUUGGUCUUGUGGGUUUGAUCUUUGAGUCGUCUUCUGUGUUCUCCAACUCCAUAACAGCUGUUGGGUUGCCUAUAGUACCGGUCAUAGCUGUGAUAGUUUUCCAUGAUAAGAUGGAAGCGUCGAAGAUCUUCUCCAUCGUGUUAGCUAUAUGGGGCUUCCUUUCCUUUGUCUAUCAGCACUACCUUGAUGAGAAGAAGUUGAAGACUUGUAACACAGACCCUGUCGAGAAUGAUGGUACACAAACUUGGUGAAACGUUGAUGUAUGAAUGGGUUACACAAACAAGCAUACAAAGUUGUGCGCACAUUCAUGCAUAUAAUCAUAUAUAGCUCUUCUGUGUGAUUUUGUAAUGGUCUAUGCGAGUGGGAUGUAUGUCUCUAUGUACAGUUUGAGUUCAUUUUAAUAGUGCAGUCUCGUUUAGUUUUGAAGAA